CCCAUCGCGCUCGUUCUCUCGCUCUCCUCUUCGGCGCUCCUGGCGAUCUCGUCUUCCAAUCCUUCAGCCUUCCUUCUAAUCGCUCAUCGAACGCUCCUCCCUCUCGAUCUCAAUCUCCUUUUACUGAUCUCCAAUCCCUAAACCUUUCUCCCACUCUAUUCCUUUGAUCUCCCUAGAGAUCCCUCGGUUUCCUUUCGAUUCGCUGCCUCUUUCGCCCUCGGAAACGCUAAUCCGACCUCUCGGGUCCGGAUCUCUGCAUCUUACUACAUCAGGUGCUGUGCGGAUGGCGAGCGGCAACGUGGAUCUGCCGGAUGAUCUCUUCAUCACAAAGCCGGUCGAGGAGGUGUGGGCCGGCAAAGAUCAGGUGAAUCCAGAAAAUAAUAUUCCUCUGUCUCCUCAGUGGCUAUAUGCUAAACAUGGUGACAGCAAGGAUACUCGGCCACCAAGUUCACUACCAUCUGGAACCUUGUCUGAUUCUAUUCAGAAAGAUAUCUGGCGUUUGGACGGAUCACAGGACAAGAAAGAAUGGAGAAAAAAUGUAUCUGAUAUUGAUAGUAGCCGACGUUGGCGUGAAGAGGAGAGAGAGACUAGCUUGCUUUCUAGGAGAGAACGCAAAAAGGAAGGAGAACGAGAAAUUGAGUAUCGAAAAGGUGAUCGUCGACCUGAGAAUGCCGUUGUUAAAGAACCUCUUGAGUCUAGGACUCUGUCUUCAACUGAGAGGUUGCAUGAAGUUCCUAACCGUGGUAUGGGAAAUGAAAACCGCCGGGAUAGCAAGUGGUCAUCAAGAUGGGGCCCAGAGGACAAAGACAAGGAGUCACGGAUAGAGAAGAAAGUGGAAGUAGAGAAAGAAGACUCUCAUACUGAAAAACAGUCUUUUUCUGCUAGCCUCCGCUCACUCUCUGGAACUGAUUCUCGUGAUAAAUGGAGGCCACGACAUCGUCAGGAUGUUCAUUCUGGGGGUUCCUCUGUUCGUGCUGCUCCUGGAUUUGGUUUUGAAAGAGAUCGUGUGGACGGUUCAUCAAAUUCUGGUUUUGCUCGUGGUAGGGGAAGAUCAAACUCUGUUGCUGUAUUGCAGCUGGGAAGUUCAUUUGCUGCUGCUAGCUCAAUUGGUGCAAUCCCAGUAACUGAGGCUGAGUUCUGCUAUCCUAGAGGGAAGCUUCUUGCUAUUUACAGGAAGCAGAAGACAGUUUUUGUUGAUGCUACCCCUGUGGACUUUGAGGAUGCUCCUCCGGUAACAACAUCUAGCUUUGUAACUCCAUUGGCCUUUGACACGCCUGAUGCAGAGGAAGAGAUUCUUCUGAAAGAAAUUUGGAAAGGGAAGGUCAACAGCAUUGGAGCAAACUUAAGUCAGGAAAAGAUGGCAAAAACUAAUGAAGCUGAUAUAGGUGAUGAGGAGAAGAGCAUAAUUGAAAAGAAACAUGAUAAAAUGGAAUUAAUAGAAGAUUCUAAAGAGCUGAAUUCUGAACAUGGACAACACAAGGACAUUACUGUGGAUUCUUUGAUUAAUUUGGUUGGUCUUGAUGGUUUGCCCCCAAAGGUUGUGAACCAUGAUGCUUUUCUAGAUAAACCAGGUUCACUUGGUGCCGAUGUUAUGCAUUCUGAGACAGAUGAUGGCAUGAUGAAAGAGAUAAAUGUUACUGAUCAAUCAAGUCAUCUAGAUAUUUUUAAAAACGUCAACUUAGGAGAUGAUUUCAUUAUCCCUUUUGAUGUUGGUGCUACGGUACCCGUUAAGUCAUGUCCUGUGUUUGACAUUCCUCAUGUGGAGGUUCUUAACGAUAACAAAUUUGAAAAUAGAAAAUUGGAGAACAAAUUACCCCAUCCUGAGGAGUUGAGCUUAUAUUACCAAGACCCACAAGGUGAUGUACAGGGACCAUUUCUAGGUUUUGAUAUCAUCUCUUGGUUUGAGCAAGGUUUCUUUGGCACAGAUUUACCUGUGUGUUUAUCUGAUGCUCCUGAGGGCACACCUUUUCAGCCACUAGGUGAAGUUAUGCCUCAUUUGAAACUCGAGCUCCAUCCUAUCUCAAAUAUCUUCCCUGGUGAAAAAUCUGAAACUUUCGAUGCUACAAGUCAUGAACAUGACCCUACCCUUAUUAGUGGUUCUUUUGCCUCAAAGGAUCAACAGCAAACCUUGACAUUGGAUGCUUUGGGUUCUCAUUUAAAACUUGAUGCUCUUGAAAAUGAAACUCUGAUAGAUUCAAAUAAUGCCAGGUUACCCUUUUCCAAGGCAGAAACAUCAUUACGUAUGAUAGCUGAAGGCCACAACUUGCCUGAUUUUACUGGGCAAGAUGCCGAAGUUGUGUUGUACAAAGGUAGGUCCUCAAGCAACAUGGAGAAACAGCAACAUGGAAAAGUUGAUAAUCAUAACAUUGCUCUAUCAAUGUCCAUGGGUGCUCAUCAUUCUAUGCUUACUGAAACUGCAAAUACUAGUUUUGCGCAUCAUAAUCUUCAAAGGGGCAAUGACAUGAAUCCUCUUGGAUUGUUUUGGUCUGAACUAAAAGGUAACCAAAACAAGCCCCUUUCAUCAACUAUUCCAGGCUCCAUGGAGAAUUUGAUUGGCAAUUAUGAUCAUUCAAGAACUGCCUCUCCAUUUAACCUGAACCAGGAGCAACAGCUCAUCUCGGGAAGAGACCUUCCAAACCCCAAUGAUUCAUGGUCUAAAAAUUAUAGAUGGAGCAGCAGUGCAAGAGUUCCUGACAAUCUUGGUGUGAAUAACAUUUCCAGGUUCGAAGAUGGGCCUAACCACCCUAGUUUAGAACAGUCUCUGCUCUUGCAACAAUUACAGAAACAACAAUUACAGCAUCAACUUCAACAGCAAAGCUUACUAGCUCAUCAAAAUGCUGAUUUGUCUGGAACAUACUUGGAUCAGGUGCAUGAACUUAUGCACCAGCACCCUGUUAAUCAACAGAGUAUGGAAGAUCUAGAACAGAUGCUGAAACUUAGGUUUGAACAACAGGUACAUCUAGAACAGUUGCAGCAGCAGCAGUUGCAGCAGCAGCAGUUUCAACGACAGCGACAAUUGCACCAGCAUUUUCAAUAUGAUGAACCACAAUUUGAAUCACAACGGCAGAUUUAUCUUGAAAAUUUGCUGCAUCAGCAAUUACUUGAACCUGGUACUGGUUUAUCAAAUGUUUAUCCGCAUGACAAAAACAUGAUGGAUCAGAUGUUUCUAAGGCAGCAACUUUUGAAUGAGUCUCGGAAACAUUCUAGCAAUCUUUCUCAUGAAUCAGUGAUGGAGCAACUCAUCCAUGCAAAUCAGGGGCUGAAUUUUCAGCAGCAGAAUAAAGAUUUAUUUAAUGUUUUAUCUCAUUCCAAGCUGAGGCAGAUGUCUCUGGAGCAACAAUAUCUUUUAGAACAUCAGCUGGAGCAACUUCAGGCUCAGCAGCUCUCCGCUUCGAGGAAUUUAACUGGUAUUGAGGAAGAGAGGCACAGAGGGGGGAUCUGGUCGGUUGAUGAAUCUGGCCAAUUCAUUAGAACUGCAGCUAGUCAGCCACAGAAUUAUUCUUCCAGGCUUGGCCAAUUAGACUUUUUGCAGAAACCACAAGGACCAUCAUUGGUAGAGCAUCCUAGUCAUUCUCAGCGAAACUACUUGUUGCAGGAGAGAAUGCAAAGGGGGCUACAUCCUCUUGAUAGUUCAAUGCAUAUGCCACGUGCAGGUACUUCUCCACCAAACAUGGAACUAAUUAAUGCCAUAGCACGAGGUCAAGGAUUGGAUGCACAAGACCAUCUUGACCAGCUUCGUGCUUCUGGUCAGAUGGGACAGUUUCAUUCUAAUUUUCACGCUCAUCAAAGACAGAUUUCCAGAGAAUUCUCUGGCACACACAUGGAUCCAACAGAGAGCCACUGGUCUGAGUUAGCUAGACAGUUACCAGCUGACCUAAUAGAAUCCCAGCUGAAACAGUUGCAAAUUAAAGUGGAGAAGCAGAGAGGUGCAAAUAUGAAUGUCUCCUUUGAGAGCCCAAAUGCAUGGGCACCAAAUCUAGGAAAUAAUGAAAGCUCAAAAUAUGAAUUGAGAGACUUGCUUCAUCAAGAAAUGCUUCACCAAUCUCAACAGUCUCUCAGUUUGGUGGAUGCUGCUACAUCAUCCUAUGAGCAAAAGGACCCUUCUUGGCUCUACUCACGACCUAAUUCAGAGAAUCCAUAUGAUUUGAACAGAGAGAGAGCAGCGUUAGGUGGCGCCUUUUCAGAUGCUUCCCUUUUGGAGCAAGUAGGACGGCCUUUGAAUGAACAAAUCAUGAAUACCAUUGAUAAUAAAUUUGAGAGCAGCAACAGGUUCACUUUAAAGCCUGGUUUCUCAACUUCUUUUGAACAGAAACAAUUCCCGCCGGAUUUAGACUUAUUUGAAAGGGGCAGGCUUGCGAAUUCUUUAAGUGAUGCUUCCUUGCAGUUGAUAGAUUUCUCUAAUCUGAAGGAUGGGGAGAGAGGAAAGAUGCAGGAUAUCAGUGGAAGUUCCAGGAUCCAAUCAAUGAUGGAUGCGCAAGAGAGUAGAGUUAUGCAAGCAGAAGGUCAUGAUGGCAAGUCUUUUAAGCAAGACUUAUUUGAGAUAACUAGUUUAGGCUUCUUUGACUAUGAAGCAGAAUUUGUUCAUGCUGACAAGGAAGAGAUGCCUAACAAUAUGGCGUAUGGUGAUCCAAAAGCUGCUGAUAGUUUCUUAAAGCGUGCCUAUGAUCUCCAUGACAUGUCAUCUGCAAGACCUCCCCAUGGCAUGCCAUCUGCAAGACCACCAUCAGCCGGCACUCUUCAAAUUUCAAAAGGGCAUGAUUCUGCAACUUAUGGAUCUUCAGAAGGUACAGAAGUACAGCAAGAACCUGGAGCUACACUCUCAUCCCAAUCCUCUGAGGUGCUUAGAUCUAACAAGAAAGACUUCAAAUUUCGUCGGACCUCUUCUAGCAAUGACACUGAUACUAUAGAGCCUUCAUUCAUUUAUAUGCUGAAGAGCACCAAAAAAUCCAUGCCGGAGCAUGAGAACAUUGAAACAGGUUCAGUCGGAAAGAGUAGCAAAAAGAAGGGAAAGAAAGGGAGACAGAUUGACCCGUCUCUUCUCGGCUUCAAAGUUCACAGCAACCGCAUCUUGAUGGGUGAGAUCCAGCGCCCGGAUGAUUGACUGAUUGAGCAUCACCUUUGUUUCUUUACUUGUAAAAUUCCUCACAAAUCCUUUUUUCCCCUCAAAAUGAUAUAUGCAGUUCCUUCUACAUGUCCCUUGAAAAUGAGGGUUCAUAGUCCAUUUUUUGCUCUGUAUGUUGCAUUGUUCUCAUUUUGAACUUUUUUGUACAGACAAGUAGUUAAAUUUUAGUCUCUCAACCAGCUUCCUUUACUUAAA